AUGAGACCGUAUUCUAUCGAGAGCAAUGGACUUCCAAUCGUUUAUGCAACAGGCUCUGGGCCAGUCAAGUCAUUGACAAUAAUUUCUUCAAAGGACCAAACGUGCGAGCAGUUCUCAUUAGAGGAACCACAAAUUACCCUCGAGAAUGCUCAUAUUGAGCCCAAAGAAGAAAAGGCACUCCUGAGCAAGCUCGACCGAAGAUUCGUACCGAUGUUGGCGUUUGCCUAUUUUUUACAGUCUUUGGACAAAACGAAUAUCGCAAACGCUUACACGUCUGGAAUGAAGGAAGAUCUUAACUUAAGCCCUCGCCAGUAUUCAAAUGCUGUUUCAGUUUUGUUCUCGACGUUUCUCAUCGCCCAGGUUCCAGCAGUGUUGCUUUUGAAGAAAGUCCCACCCAGAUUUUAUUUGUCGGUUAUGGUUUUCUCCUGGUCUAUUAUCACCUUGUGUAAUGGUUUUGUUAAGUCCUACGAGUCGCUAUUGGCGUUAAGGAUCCUACUGGGCGCGUUCGAAGGAGGGUACUUCCCUGCCAUGAUUUUAUUAGUGAGCAUGAUUUAUAAACCCCAGGAACAAGCCAAGAGAGUGGCUCUUUUCUUCGGGUUUGCAGCGCUCGCUGGUGCGUUCGGAGGUCUCAUUGCUACAGGGCUGACAACUGUGCGAUCCGCUGGAGGCCUCGAAGGUUGGAGGUGGCUUUAUAUCAUUGAAGGAAUUAUAUCUUCAACGGCUGCGAUAUGGCUCUUUUUUGGUCUCCCAAAUGAUGUCGAAGAACCCUCUUUCCUCGACGAAUAUGAUCAGGAUCUAAUGCGGGCUCGUGCCAUUCAACGGACAAAAUAUAUGGGGUCGAGAGAAAAAUUCCAGUGGCUAUUUGUUUUGGACGCUUUAAGCGACUACAAGACUUAUACUGGUUUGAUAAUACAAUUUUGUCAAAACAUCGUUCUGUACUCGUUCACGACCUUUUUACCAGCGAUACUGAAGCUUGGAAUGGGUUAUACUUCGAAGCAAGCACAGUACUUGAGCGUACCGGUAUACAUACUCGCAGCCGCAGUGUUUCUCUGUUCUGCUUAUGUGAGUGAUCGGUAUAAUCUAAGGGGCCCGGUGAUACUGGGCUUCAAUCUGGUAACGGCAGUGGGUUACGUCAUUAUGCUUACGGUUGAGCGUCCGGGAAUAAAGUAUUUUGCGUGUUAUUUGAUGACUUUUUCGGUCUACACAGGCCCUGGGCUCAAUGUGACCUGGGUCUCAAACAAUGUAGCGCCCCAUUACAAGCGCGCAACGGCGAUUGGUCUCAGUCAAAUCUUUGGAAACCUCGCAGGUGCGAUUGCGGGGCAGAUUUACGUGCACCCUCCGUAUAUUCUAGGAACAUCCUUUUCUCUUGGCUGUGUUGUUCUAUCCAGCAUGCUAACAUUGAUUCAGAUAUUUGUGUUCCAGAGGACAAACGAAAGAAAAGCGGCUAUUUUACGAGGUGAAGAGCUGGACGGGCACAAAGAAAGGAGAGGUGAUAACAGUUUAGACUUUAGGUACUGUAUAUAG